GAUGCAUCUCAACCUCUCUCACAGAAACGGAACAAAAAACCUUUGAAGAUGACUACCGUACGAAGGAAAAAACCGGAAGAAAAUCCUCCCCUAUAGCCGCUCUCAUACCCCCCUAUUCUAUUGUUGCUGAUAUCAGGGACAAGCCUGCAAACAUAACUUUCAGCCAGUUGCUCACGGCUAUCCCUUCUAUGCGCACCCAAUUGGCAAAAGGGUUGCAACGAAAGAAA